GUUGGGAAGAAGCUUUCUCGCCCUGCUCGUCUGCCUGAUUGUCAGGUGUAUUUCGCUCAUCCCCAUGCAUCGGUCUGGUUUCGUUCAAAAUCAGUUUGAAAAGAGUUCGAGACUGAAGAGGAAGUUCCAAGAAAUCAGACGCAAUGAAAGAAAUCCAUCAGUUUGUUCUCACCAAACAGAGUAACGAACCAUUCGGAUUCCGACUCAUCGGUGGCAAGGAUGAAGGGUUGAGUUUGAAGAUUGAGAAGAUUGUGGUCGGAUCUGCAGCUACUGAUGCAGGCCUAAAAGUUCGAGACUUCCUCGUCAGUGUCCAGGGGCAAAAAGUUCUGGAAAUGACCCAUCACCAAGUGGUGCAGCUCAUAAGAAAUGCGGGGAACUCGCUUAAUCUCGACAUUGAGAGGGGCGAUCAUAUUGUCCCAAAUUUCGAGGAGAUCUGGCCAUCUGGCAAAUUGGCCAAGCAAAAUCAGGAGUGCGAUCCUGACACGGGCAUCAAUUACGUUUUGAGUGCGAUGCAAGAAGGUGUUCCAGGAUCAAGGGACGAGAUGUUUACUACAGUGGGCAAGCCUAAGAUUGAAUGUCAUCAGUACGACAAUCCCAUCAAUUGCUAUUCCGAGCAAGUGAUCAAGGAGAUGGGCGACAAAGGAAACUGGCAAAUGGCUGCAGACCAAGAGAUCCUCCAUGAGAACAAAGCUCAUGGAAAGCUCAUCUUGGGAGCCCACUAAUUACAGAAACGGAGAGGUUAUAUUACAUAUACAAUGAUUAAUCCAUGUCAUUUCUUGAAAAUUUAUUGAGUUCCGUCCAUUCAUUCUUCAAAGCAGUCUUUAAGCAGGGCAGGGCGAUGUUAAUGUAAGUCUUGACAACGUUACUGUAUAACAUGUUAUUUUUGACCUUAAUUGACAAAUUGACUCUAAAUGUUCCAAUACAAGCACAUGAACACGAUUUGCGGAGAUUAUUAAAGAUUAUCAAGAUG